AUGCCGAUCAAGGCGAAGCGUAUUGAUCCUGAGCGAGCUCGCCUUGCUGCCCGCGGUCAGUGGCAGCCACAGCAGCAGAAGGGCGCGGCUCGCCGUACCCUUCCAAUCAAUAAGCCGCAGCACCAGCGCCGGGCUGGUAGCAGCAGCAGCACAAGCUCAAGCUCAAGCGAUGAAAGUAGCCAGAGUCGGAGAGGCCGACGACCAGUUGGUAACUGUGCUAAGCCUACUGGAAACAACAAUGUUAGGGUUGCUGCAGCAUUCAUGACAGCCCCACAGGUGCGGGAGUGCGAGAGCGAGACGUCCAACAGCGAUGCUGAGUUGUACCGAGCCGCACGGGAACGUACGGCUCAGUUUCUGUACCCGAAUGGCCGCCCUGCAAACAACAGGAAUGUAAGCAGCAGCACGGUUGCUAAGGAAGAGGCGGGUGGGGGCGGAGUGACAACAUCCACAGAGGGAACAACAAGGCAGGAUCUGCCACUAGCAGCAACCGACCAUAGGCCCCCUUAUGCCAUCCCAGGAGACGAGACGCAAGGAGAAUGGAUGAGAAAAGAUGGUGACAGACGUAUUAAUGGUGGUACUGCUACUGCUGUUGAUGAUGACAUUGGCAGUAGCGUGCCCUCUCGGACUGCGCCACCGUUAGUCGUUCAGGAGGCGCUUCAUGGGAUGGGAAAUGUGAAGCGCAGUGCGUCGCAACGCGAAUUCGCCCACCUUCUCGAUCUCCUUGCUAAUGAUGACCAUAAAGAGCAGAAACCGGAGCUGGAAGAUGCUAAAGUAGGUUCGGAAUCGUCUCUGCUCAUAGAAAACGCGAACAGAGAGAAGCAGCAGCACCUUUCAGAACGCUCAAAAACGUACGUCUGCCCCCCACGUACCUUUGCGGAGCUGCAGGAGCGCACCCUAUUAGAAUUGUACGCUGCUCACGGAGAGGAAAAAGACGAUGAGUAUUUCAUUGCUACGGAUCACACGGCGGAGGCGUUUACACUGGCCGCACUGGAGGCGGCGCGUGAGAGUAGGGCGCUAAAAAAUCAUACGGAUCCCUUAGCACUAGCUGCGCCUAUUAGCAGCAUCAGUAAGAGUGGGGAUGACAGUGGAGGAGGAGGAGGAGGAGGAGGAAGUGGUUGCCUGUCUGGCAGCACGUAUGGAGCGCCGCUCUCUCUCAUGGAGAUCGUCACCGCCGAACGAGCACGCCGAAACGCACUAGCUGCACUCGAGGAACGGCAUGAGAGAGGUGUGGGUGAAGUCUCUAUCGACACGAACACGGAAGCGAUUCUCGCAGCAGAUGCCGGUGUCCUCGCAUCCGCUGCAGAGGAAUCGCUGAACCGCUUUCUUUCUGGCGCACGCUGCAUUGAAAUGGCUGUGCGUGACAGGCGCGUAACGGAUGAGCUGGGUCGCUUCUUGUUUCAGGAGCACAAACUGUUCCUGCGGGCCGGUACUGGUGAUACUGGUGAUGCCAGUAACAGCGACGCGGUUCGCGAGUUCCCACACGAGGCAUUGGCAGUGUACGAGCGGUACAGCCGCUACGUGAGCAAUUUCCUCCUGGGGCUCCUGAAGCGGCGUGUGCCGGGCUUUAACGUGGAGGAGUUCGUCUUGACACUUUACGACGUGAAUAACGAGGAUAAUGAAGAUGACCUGGAGGUAGGCCGAUCCAACACGAUGGACGUCCUGUCGUACCCGGCAUGGCGACUGCUGCAAUCCAUCUCUUCGUUCAAUGAGUUCUGCGCUUUUAUGGACGACUUUAUUGCUGAGGAAUACGGUGUAGAGAAGGUCGAAACUCACGAUGACGGCAAAGUUGGAGCGAAAAAGCUCAGCGACAGUGCAGACGACGUGGUUGUGGUGGCGGGUGCGAGGGGAAUUCGCGCAUUGUUAGGGAAGGCAUCCACGAUGAAGCGCGAUAUUGAGCAAGAUGAUCUUGCCCCUGCUAAUAGGGACGCCGAUGGUAAUGGCGACGUCGACAGCAGUAUUUCUGCCGUCGUACCCCGCGGCAGUAGUGAUGACGUGGUGCAGACACAAGAAGAAAAUCAGACAUCCCACUCCACAGUGGAUCAACCGAGUCGCGCGGAUUCAACCUCUAAUCUCGUGAGAAGUUCCUUCACCGCUUCUGCUCCAUUGUGUCGUGCACCAUUGGCUCAAACACCAACCCCACCACCGCCGGUCCCCCUAAUAUCAUCACAGCGUAGCAGCCACAGCUCUAUUACUUCUUUCUCGCAUCUGCCACCAGGGCGACGACGACCUGACGCAGUGCCAGGGCGAAAAUUGCCGCCACUUCCCGUCACGGAAGGUGGUGACGGUGAGGUGGUGUUUUCCACGGUACAGCCGAAGCUGCGCCAAAAGUCGGUGGUGGCUGGGGCGCCGGCGGGCAGCUCCGGCGCGGUGCCUGUCACGAGGGGCCGCAGCGGAAAGCGGACCGUCGGCGGCGGUGGCGGUGGUAGCGGCAACGACACGAAAGUCCCCAGCGAGCGUACGCCUUCCACAACUGCUGGCAGUGGCCACAGGGGUAAGAGCAACGGUGGUGAAGGGGGAAGGAGCCGUAGUGGCGCACGGAAGGGACCCGCCUCAGUUGGUGUAGCAACAUCCACAAGGUCGGGAGGGAGGCCGGUUAAACCUUCUUGA